UUUUUUUUCUUUGCUAUGUCUUAUCGACGGCUGAGACCGAUUGCGGUCCAUCUCGCCACAGCUUGCUGCUUAAAAACAAACAAACCAGAAAUUUUAACGAGAAACGUAUUAUAGUUUUACGUAAAAAAUUUGUUUAUGUUAUUAUCGAAAAAUGUCUAAACCAGGUGAAAAGGCUCUGCAGGCUAUGAAAGAACUGGAUAAAUCAGUAGUUGUUUUCAAAAAGCCCAAAAUUCCGAAUACCAGACCCAAUAAGAAAAAAAUCCUCACGGAAGAAUCAUAUUUAGAGGAAAUGGCCAAAAUAAUUCAGCGUGAUUUUUUUCCGGAUCUACAAAAGCUAAAGGCACAGAAUGAGUACCUAGAUGCCCUGGCUAGCAAUGACAUAGUCAAAUUACGACAGAUUUUUUCAAAGUACAACUCUAAAUCACCUCUAUUCAGGCAGCCAAGCCCAGCCACGUUCGAAACACCGCUUCCUAGUGCCUCACUCGCUACAGAAGAUACUCCAUCAGUUCGGUCUACAGUCAGCGCAAGCUCAAGCAAAAGCAGUAAAUCACUCGCGGAUGGACACUCGUUGGAUAGUUUUUUACAAAACUAUACUAGCGAAGACAACGACAGCUUCCAGGAAAUUAUCGAAGCCGCAGACAGAAAAAUGAGACAAAAAUUUGCUGUUCUUUAUGCAGCUGAAAAUAGCAGCAAGGAAAGUUUGUGCAAUAGUUUGGCGCUACCGUGCAUAGAGAGCCAGUUCAACAAUAAAACUAAACCAAAAGAAUUGGAUAUGUGGACAUAUCGUAAUAAAAAUUACAUUAUGUACAUUCCGGAUGGAGUGUCAUUGACUCGAGCGGAAGAAAUUGAGCAGGCAAACAAAAAACAAGAAAUAGCGCAUGAUAACACAAGGUUGAAAUCAAAUCCUUUCAAUGAACAGGAAAGUAAACAAGCCAUCACUGAAGCUGCGCGAUCACAAGCUAAAUGUCUGCCAGAAAAAAUUGGUGUUGACGGAAAACUAAUCGAGGCUUCAUUAACGCCUGCUGUUCGAGGAUUCAAUUUUGUAAAAAGUCCGUCACCAUGUCCCGGUGUCACGGACAGCCCUCUCUUUACCUGGGGUGAAAUUGAGGGAACACCUUUCCGCUUGGACGGUGGAGACACCCCACUCCAUCCAGCUUCUGCGGGACCAUCGUUUAGAAUUGCAGAAACUUCUAAGAGAGAAGCACUGGGACUCCAGCUGGCUGAAAAAGCCGCCGAGAAAUCACGUUCUAAAAAGGCAAAAGCAAUAGAAGCAGCUCGAAGAAAUAUUGCUUCUCCUAUGAUUCGAAACACUUUCGAUCGCAUAGCCAGCAUGUCACCAGCUGCCAGAAGACUUGCCUCUAACAAACUAGGCCUGAUUAAUAGUCCUAGUCCGUUACGCUCGCCUUGUACCUCGAGUUCUCUGAAAACACCUCUACGUAGCAGUAAAUUAAAACCGACACCAUCACCUGCCGCCAUUGUUAGAAGAAAAACACCAAUGGUCGCUGCUUCCAACAGUAGUGGCAGAAAUCUCCCCGAAUCAAUAACUUUGACCGACAACCUAUUGGAUAUACCAUCUGCUGCAAAACGACCGAAAGCCGCAGAUUUCUUUUAGAUUUACUAAAUUAAAUGGUGUAUGAAAAAAGAACUACUAUUUUUGCUUAAACUGUUGUACAGUGAUUUAAAUGAUUAGUAUGCAUACAAACUGCAUGAACUUCGAGAAUAAAGAACUGUCCUAUUUUUGGAAAUCCACCGCAUUAA